AUGGAUAAAGACCUUUCCACUACAACACAAUUUAUCGCAACAACAACAGCGAAAUCUGAUAUUUUAGUUGAAAAUAAUCCAUUAGUUAAAUAUUCCCAGGAUCGUAUUGUCGAUUCAACAACCAUUGUUAAUAUACCACCACAUGAAACUGAUCGAUUUUUAGAUCAUGCAUCAUCAAAUAUUAUCAGUGAUCUACCACAUUCUCGAAAUUUAGAAGAAACUGAUGAAAGUGAACUACCAUUUCCCGGAUUUAUUGAAAAAUCAUUUUAUUGUUUACGUCAAAAAACGCCACCUAGAUAUCAAUGCGAUACACCCCGAUGCAUAUGGCUGCAGUUCACCGAUUAUUUUAUAUUUGGAUUUUUUACAAUUGAAAUGUGUAUAAAAAUGAUGGCUAUGGGUAUAUUUGGAAAAGGAACAUAUUUGGCUGAAACAUGGAAUCGUCUCGAUUGUUUUAUUGUUGUUGCUGGACUUAUUGAAUGGGUGGUACCUGGUGAUAAUUUAAGUUUGUCGGCAAUUCGAACAAUUCGUGUUUUACGGCCAUUAAGAGCUAUUAAUCGGGUACCAAGUAUGCGUAUAUUGGUCAUGUUAUUGUUAGAUACUUUACCAAUGUUGGGAAAUGUAUUAUUAUUAUGUUUUUUUGUUUUCUUCAUCUUUGGAAUAAUUGGUGUUCAAUUAUGGAAAGGAUUAUUAAGAAACCGAUGUUUUUUACAAUUCAAUUCCCCAGUAUUACCAGAUUAUGAGUUAUUUGCAGAUGUCCCAUUGAGAGCAUACUAUAUACCACCUGAUCAAGAUUCAUUCGUAUGCUCACCGAUAAAUGGUGGUGGUAUGACAAAAUGUUCAGAAAUACCAAAAUUACGUCAGGGUAAUAUGACAUGUGAAUUAGGUCAUGAAGGCUAUAAUGCCAUGAAUCGUCCAGUUAAUGGUUGUAUCAAUUGGAAUCAAUAUUAUCGUUUUUGUAACACCUCUGAUAAAAAUCCAUUUUCUGGAUCAAUUAGUUUUGAUAACAUUGGAUUAGCAUGGGUUGUGAUAUUUCAAAUAAUUUCGUUAGAAUCAUGGGUUAAUGUUAUGUAUUACAUUCAAGAUGCUCAUUCAUUUUGGGAUUGGAUUUAUUUUGUUUGUCUAAUUGUUAUUGGCUCAUUUUUUAUGAUUAACUUAUGUUUAGUAGUCAUAGCUACGCAAUUUUCUGAGACAAAAAAACGUGAAACAGAACGAAUGUUACUUGAACGAAGACGUUAUUCGAGAUCAAGUAGUACAUUGGCGAGUAGUGAAGAACCCGGUUCCUGUUGGGAAGAAACAAUUAAAUAUCUAGAACGUUUAUAUCGAAGAGCACAUAAAAAAAUCAUUCGAUUAUAUAAACAUUAUCAACAGCGGCGGAAAAAAAUUGAUGUAAAUCGUUUAACAGAAGUAAAAAAACGUCGAAGAAAGAACAAGCAACAACGAAAAAAGUCUGCACCAUUACAAAUUCAUAUUCACACUCAUUAUCAUACGUAUCCAUCGAGUGAUGGUAGCGGCGGUCAAAGUGCAGCAUCAGCAUCGAAUGUAAAUAAUAGUCAACAACAUUCAAACUCAAAUUUAAACUCAUAUGAUCAUAAUUUACGUCGAAAUAUCAACAGUAAUUUAUCAUCAUCAUUAUCUCAUCGAGAUUCCCUAAUAGACGAUAAACAUCAAACCUGUGCGAGUCCAUCUUUAUUUGAUAAUCAUAAUCAAUUAUUAUCAACUUCUUCUUCACCAUCAUAUCUUCGUUCAUGUCCAGAUGCAAAUCCUGAAGAUUCUGAAAUUGAACCAUCAAGUGCCUCAAUUUCAAAUACACAGCCAGCAUCCUAUACAGCAGCAGGUUGUUCAAAUUUAGAAACUGUAACUCAUACCCAAACAUUAAAAUAUGAUCCCAAACAUUUAUCCUCAUCAUCCAAAUCAUUUCAUACACAUACUGUUUCAUUAAGUCGGACAACACCAAUUUCUAAAUCAAUAGACGGUUAUGAUAAUCUAUGUCCAGAAGUCAUUGCCAUAACAAGUGCAAAAAGACAAGAUGAUAAACGCAAUUCAAUGCAACAUUUGGAAAUUGUUAAUUCUGAUAUUGAGUUGAGCGACAGUCAAAAGAAAGAGAGUGGUGACGAUACUAAUAUCGAAGAUACGACAAAUGACGAUGAUGAGGAAGAAGAAGAGGAUUUAGACGAAGAUAAUCAUCGAAAAAAAUCGUCGAAACGGAUAAAAUCGAAACGACGAAAAGCCUUCGAAAAUCUAAUUUGUACUCACUAUAAAAAAUUUCAAAAAUUGAUUGCUAAUUUUGUAGCAUCAAAAUAUUUUCGACGUAUUGUACUAACGGCUAUUGUUAUAAAUACACUGAGUAUGGGAAUUGAAUAUCAUGGUCAACCACCAUCAUUGACAAAUGCUUUGGAAUAUUCGAAUAUUGUGUUCACCAUAUUAUUUGUACUUGAAAUGGUAUUGAAAAUAUUUGCCGAAGGUAUUUUAAAAUAUAUUAAAAAUGCGUAUAAUCUAUUGGAUGGCGGCAUUGUUAUUUUGAGUGUCAUUGAAUUACAAGGCAAAGAUAAUAGUGGACUCUCCGUUUUAAGAACGUUUCGUCUAUUAAGAGUAUUAAAAUUAGUCCGUUUCAUGCCAACAUUAAGACGUCAAUUAGUUGUGAUGUUAAAAACAAUGGACAAUGUUGCCACAUUUUUCUCAUUAUUACUUUUAUUUAUUUUCAUAUUUAGCAUUCUUGGUAUGCAUAUAUUUGGCGGUGAAUUUUGUACAUUAUCAGCAUAUAAUAUUACAUCUCGUGAAGAAUUUAAUAUGAAAUGUCGAUGUUGUCAAUGCAAAGAAAUUCAUGAUUUUAAAAAUCAAACAGAUUUGAGAGAUGUUGAAUGUAUCGAAGAAAGAAAAAAUUUUGAUUCACUCAAGUCAUCAUUAUUAACCGUAUUUCAGGUAUUAACGCAAGAAGAUUGGAAUGAGGUUCUUUAUAACGGAAUGGAAAAAACAUCGGCGUGGGCAGCAUUGUACUUCAUAGCCUUGAUGACAUUUGGCAAUUAUGUUUUGUUUAAUUUAUUGGUUGCCAUCUUAGUUGAAGGAUUUUCUACGGAAAAAGGUGGUGAUAGUGAUGGUAGUACAGAUAAAUUGGCAAAAGCUGAUCCGUUUAAAAUGGAAGCAUUGUUAACUGGAAAUUGUGAAACACCAGCACAUCCACACGAAACAUUAGAUACAAUUCGAAAACAUCAUGAUGGCAACAAACCUGAUGAUUCAGAAGGAAAGACAUACCGAGGAAAAGAAGUGAAAAUCAUGAGUAUUCCAAAAAUAGCAAUUAGUAACGAAGAUGAUUCUAGUUUAAGAAUAAUUGGUACACCUCAAAUAACUCGAACUAGUCCAUCAUCAAAUCACAGUAGUCAAAAUUCUCCAAUUAUGUUUGAUCGUCCAACAUUACCACAAAUAUCACCGUAUAAAUCGAUAAUUAAAUAUACAAAUCAACGUAAUGAUAAUAAUACUAGUAUUAGUAGUACAACAACAACUCCAAAAAGAGAUGAAUCAUCAAUAAGUAAAACACCUAGUUUUCGUUCAUGUAGAAGUCAUUUUGAUCCAACAAUAACAACACAAACAACAAUUGAUUCAUCACUGCCGUAUACCGAUUGUCCAGAAUGUAUUCUACAACAAAAACAAAAUUCAAUAAAAGAAGAACAACAUGUCACUGAUGGAAAUGACACAGAAGAUGAUAUAUCCGAUUUAUCGGUUAUAGAAACAUCGAAAUUACUAAAUCCUAUAGCUGAAUCAAGUAAUGUAUCAUUAUCAACUGUAUCUAAUACAACAAUUUCAUUAAAACGUCGUGAUACAAUACCAGCAACUUCAUCUUCCACAACAAAUGAUGUUCGAAAACUAUUUAAUAAAAAACGUUCAUUUUCAAUAUCAAGUAAAAGUGAUACAAUGGAUUCAACACGUACCUGUAAUGGUUCAUCGGAUAAUUGGAAUGGAAAUGGUAAUGGUGUACAUCAUUUUGAACCUAAUUUUCCUUCACCACCACCAUUACCAAUUCUACCAAAAAAUCCACGAAAUUCUUUAACAUCUGUUGCACAGAUUAUUCGAGAAGAAAAAAAAUUAUUAAAUAAUCAACGAACUCUUACACCUUAUGUUAAAAAUAUAAAUAAUAAUCGAUAUGUACGUCGUACAAAUUCCUAUAGACCAACAACAAAUCGUCGAAUAUCUGACGAAGAAAAUAAAAUAAAUAGUCAACAUGAAAAUACAUUGAAAUUAAAACGUCGAUCAACAUUGGAUAAUUCAUUUAACUAUAAAUCUGUUAAGGUAGAAGUUAAUAUAAUUGAGAAUAAAUUAUCGAUGUUAAAUAGUGAUGAAGAACAAACUCAUUCAUCAGAACAAGCUGAACUACAAAAUAAGGAUAGUUAUGAAUCAGCUAUUUCUAAUCCUAGUGUUGAUGAUGAAAAUAAUAAUGAUAAAGAAGUAGAAGAGAUGAAUGAAGAUCAAAAUGAACCAUUAAUGACGAACAAUGGAGAUAUUGAAGUUGAACAAAAUAGUCAAAUUGAAGAAAAACGUGUUAAAUCAAAAAAAGAGAUUUUUAUCAGUUGGUUUCAAAAUAUUUGUCCACCAGCAAAACUAAAAUGUGUCGAAAAUAGACAAACAUAUUCACUCUAUUUACUUGCACCAGAUAACAGAAUACGAAAAGCUUGUAAACAUCUUAUUGCUCAUAAAUGGUUUGAUUAUUCAAUAUUAUUUUUUAUUGCCUUAAAUUGUAUUACACUUGCAAUGGAAAGACCAUCAAUUCCUCAAAAAAGUUUUGAACGACAAUUUCUUAAUUAUUCUAACUAUAUAUUUACGAUUAUAUUCAUGAUAGAAAUGAUUAUAAAAGUGAUUGCUAGUGGUCUAAUAUUUGGUGAUAAUACAUAUUUACAUACAGGUUGGAACAUAAUGGACGGCUUUCUAGUUAUCAUAUCUGUUAUUGAUAUUAUCACAAUGAGUCGAGAUGGAAAAGGUGGAAAUGAGCAUGAGGGAAGAAGAGGAAUAUUUGGAAUGUUACGAGUAUUUCGACUUUUGAGAACAUUAAGACCAUUACGGCCAAUCGGUCAUAUUGUCGUUAUUUGUUGCACAUUUUUCAUUAUAUUUGGAAUAUUAGGUGUACAGUUAUUCAAGGGUAAAUUUUACUAUUGUGAAGGAUCAUUAGCUCGAAAUGUGACCACAAGACAACAAUGUGAGUUGUUGUCCGAUCAUGAAUGGCGAAAUCAACAAUAUAAUUUUGAUAAUUUAGGCCAGGCGCUUCUUGCAUUAUUUGUUUUAUCAUCAAAAGAUGGAUGGGUUCAAAUAAUGUAUAAUGGUAUUGAUGCUGUGGGUGUCGAUCUUCAACCACGAAAAAAUUAUGAUGAAUCAAAAUUAUUCUAUUUUAUCUCCUUUCUAUUGCUUGUUGGCUUUUUUGUAAUAAAUAUGUUUGUUGGAGUUGUAGUAGAAAAUUUUCAUAAAUGUCGUGCUGAACAAGAACGUGAAGAAAAAGCACGUAGAACAGCAAAACGUGCAAGAAAAAUUGAAGAAAAACGACGUAAAAUAAGAGAAAUUCCCUAUUAUGUUCAUUUUUCACCAUGGAGAAGAAAAUUACACGAUAUAUGUAAUAGUAAAUAUUUUGAUCUUAUAAUAGCGGCUGUUAUUGGAUUAAACGUUGUUACAAUGUCAUUGGAAUUUUAUUUAAUGCCACAGAUUUUUGAUCUUGCACUUGAUUAUUGUAAUUAUGCAUUCACAAUUGUGUUCGUAAUCGAAUCUAUACUGAAAAUAAUUGCUCUUGGUCCAUUAAGAUAUUUUCGAGACAAAUGGAAUCAACUUGAUACAUUUAUUGUUUUACUUUCGAUUGCUGGUAUUGUUAUGGAAAAACUUAAAACAGGACAUAUACCUAUCAAUCCAACAAUAAUUAGAGUAAUGAGAGUACUUCGUAUUGCAAGAGUAUUAAAAUUAUUAAAAAUGGCCAAAGGUAUUCGGGCUCUAUUAGAUACUGUUAUUCAAGCGCUUCCACAAGUGGGAAAUUUGGGUUUACUCUUUUUUCUAUUAUUUUUUAUUUUUGCUGCGCUCGGUGUUGAAUUAUUUGGAAAAUUAGAAUGUAGUGGAGAACGACCAUGUUCAGGUCUUGAUAAACAUGCCCAUUUUAAAGAUUUUGGCAUGGCAUUUUUAACAUUAUUUCGAAUAGCAACGGGAGAUAACUGGAAUGGAAUAAUGAAAGAUGCUUUACGACAAGGUGAUUGCACAAAUUGUAUAAAAAAUCCAUUUGUAACUGCAAUAACUCCCAUUUAUUUUGUUAUAUUCGUUUUAAUGGCUCAAUUUGUUUUGGUGAAUGUUGUUGUUGCCGUGCUUAUGAAACAUCUUGAUGAUUCAAACAAGAUGAUGGCUGACGAUGCUGAUAUUGAUGCAGAAAUCGAACGACAAUUGGAAGCUGAACGAUCAUUUCCACAACCACCCUUGACAUUGGAUGACAAAGAACUUAACUUUUUGGACACUUUUAAUGGUCCCACAUUAACAAAACAGUUAUCGUUGCCCGCAAACUUUACAUUUCAUUCUAACACUCCGCCCAAAGUACGUCGUGUUCAAAAUAGAACCGCAUCAUUCAACCUAAAUAAGCGUUCAUCAGCCGAUUCAGUUAUUCUACGUUUACGCUCAACAGAAAAAAAUUCCAAUAAUUAUCAAAAAGAUACCUUAAAUAAAAGUGAUUAUAGUUCAACGAGUACCGAAACUGUCUAUCAACCGAUUCCAACCAUACAUCGUUCGAAUACUCUACCAAAAAAAUAUCUUAGAAACGAAGAAGAUCGAAAAAAUAGUAGAACACUAAGUCCAAUACAACAACGUUUUGAUCGAAAUAAAAAUGAUUCAAAAUUAAUUCGUGAUAAAGUAAAUAUAAUAUCGCCAAUAAAUUCUCAAAAUCGUUCGAAAAAUUCAUUGAAUUAUCAAUCACCGUAUACUCAAUAUAAACGUUUAUGUGUCUCAGCUCAGCCAUUUUCACCAUCAAUGUUAAAUGUUGGACGAAAAAUUAGAAUUAUUGAUCAAUCAGAUUCAGAAAGUAUCGAAAGUGGAAAAUCUACCAAUCAUCAAUGA